GGACCUUCACGUGCCAGGCCAAAGUCACCAAUCUUGGGCUUCUCCUUGUCAUCCAACAGUAUGUUGGCGGGCUUAAUGUCGCCAUGUAUCAAAGGAAUUACACGUGCCUUGUGCAGAAAGUAGAUUCCCCUAUAAGGUGCCAUGCAUGAGCCAGCAAGGAAGCCAUCGGUGGCUACGGCCACCACAAGCACAGCGGAGAAACUUUGUUUUGACAAAAACGAGUUUAUGAAGGAAAACUUCUCGGUGGAUGAGUUUCUACACAAGAAUCGCAAUGCACCCAGUCUAGAGCUGUUGCGUGACAACCUAGGACUCUAUCUGAAGGGUCUACGCUCGGCCAUGAUUGAUCUAAUUAACGAGGACUACGCAGAUUUUGUCAAUUUGAGCGCUAAUCUUGUUGGUCUCGAUCAGUCCAUUGAAACCAUUCAACGACCGUUGGAACAAUUUCGAAGCGAGAUUGAGAGCAUACACAGCCUGAUUGAGGAUAAUGUGUUGGAGCUGCGUGCGGAACUAGAGCAAAAACGUCAAUUACGCGAAUGCCAACGCAGCUUACAAAGCCUCAAGAAAGUCUAUGAGAUCAGCGCCAAGCUGGAGAAGCUCAUCGCUCUAAAACUGGCAGGAGAGCAGAGCCCACAUGCUGUUGACUUGGAACGUGCUGCUCUCGACUUGAUACAGCUGAAGUUUCAUGAAAAACAUUGCACCGCACACCUCAGUGAAGAGCAUAAGGCGAAAAUCCAGCAACUGGAGAAUGAUGUGCAUCAGCAUUUGCGACGCUUCUUUAACGAAUCAUUGCAGCAGGCUCGCAACUCCACCGCAGAGCACUUGGAACGUUGUCUACGCAUCUACAUAACGCUGGAUGCCUGUGGGCAUGCUGAACGUGCAUUUCGCGAUGAUGUUGUGGCACCAUAUAUGAGCGGCAUCAUUGGAGAACAACAGUUGCAGAAUUCGCCACAAGGAUUGGCAGGAAUUUACAGCAAAAUACUGAACUUUAUAUCGCUGCAUAUGACGGAUUUGUUGCGCCUUACGUUAUACUCGGAUAAGCUGAAUGGGUUCAAUUUUGUGGUGAACAGCUAUUGGGCUGAUGUUGAGAUGCGUUUGGAGUUACAUAUGAAUUCCAUAUUUGCACCAGGAAACUCUGAAGUGUUCUACGUGAAGUACAAGUGUACAAGGGAUUUCCUUGGCAAGAUUGAAGAGUUGCUCACGAAUAGCAACGAGGAAGCGGUGACUUUCUAUCGCCAGCAUAAGCAAACCAAGAGUUUUGAGGCUCGCUGGAAUUUGCCCGUCUACUUUCAGAUAUGUUUUCAGGAAAUUUCGGGCAAAUUUGAGGCACAAUUGGAGCCACUGCUUAAAGAUGACACACUAAACGUCAAUCCAGCGUCUGGCGACUUUCAAUUGAAGCCAUUUAAUGCUGCCAAAGAGGCAUUGACUCGCUGCUGGGCCGAUGGCAUCUAUUUGCCCGAAGUAUUUCCCAAAUUCUAUAAGCUAAAUCUGCAGAUUGUCUUACGACUUUCGCGUUGGAUCAGCGAUGUCAUUGCCGCCUCCAAAUCUAGCCAGAACUUCACUAAAGUCUACACAAGAAAUCAACUGCUGAUCUCUCUGCAUGCUGAUACCCGUAAAUUGGAAGCCUAUUUGCCAGAGCUGCAAAAGAUCAUUGUCCAGGCCGCACCGAAGACAAAGAACAUCACGUUAUUCAACAAUGUGCUAAGCAAAUCCAUGGCUGAUUUGGACGAUACCCUUGCCCUGCAUUUGAGCACCAUACAGACGACUUUAAAAGACCUCUUGAUCACAGAAUGUGGCACAGAGAAUGUGCGACAGGUCAAUGACUUGCCACGUUUGUAUCGUAAGACGAAUCGUGAGGUGCCCACACGUAGUUCCGGGUACGUUGAGCAAAUGCUACGACCUCUGAAAUCGUUUGUGGCGCAGCACGAAUCACAACUGGGAGCUUUGGUUGUAGAGCAGAUACUCAUCGAGGUGUGCAGCAACAUUACGAAGGCCUACUUUAAUGUGGUCAGUGAUGUGCUGACCUCGGUGCAGAAAACUGAAGAAUCUUUGAGACGUCUGCGCAAUCUGAAGAGUGGAUCCGCAUCCAAUGCGCCGGCGAGCAGCAGUUCAACUGCUGCUGUCUCUGAUGAUGACAAAAUACGUCUGCAGUUGCGAGUCGAUGUGGCCGCCUGGACACAGGAGCUGUCCAAGCUUAACUUUCAGGCGACACAGAUUGAAAAGCUACCAGAGCUAUCAAAAAUGGUUGAAGAGAGCAUUAAGUCAAAGGAUUAA